AUGUCAAGACCAGCAAACUCAGAAGCUAAUAGAAGCAUUCCAUCCAAUUUUCGCCAGCUCCGUGCCUGCCUUUUAUGUUCUCUAGUCAAGAACUACGAACAAUUUAGAAGGGACGGAUGCGAUAACUGCGAAGAUAUCGUUCAAAUGCGAAAUAAUUCGGAUCGAAUUGCAGAUUGCACUUCUUCGAGUUUCGAUGGUUUUAUUGCGAGCAUGAAACCAACUGGUUCUUGGGUUUCCAAGUUUAAAAAAAUAGACAACUUCGUUCCAGGCAUAUAUGCUGUUGGAGUAAAUGGUCACAUACCCGACUGGCUAGAGUAUGAGCUAAAACGAAAUGGUAUUCCGUACGUUUCUCGCGAUGGGACUUUAAAUCCAAAUUCUUCGCUUGAGGACGAGGAAGAAGAAUAA